AUGGCGGACAUCAACACGGCCACCACUACUGGGGCCAGACCUGAUGCCGACCUCCUCCCCCUCUUCCUUCACGUCCUCGCUGGCUGGGAACCGACAAUCGCUCCCAUCAUCUUGACGGCUCUUUCGCUUUUUACUCGAUUAUAUCGCAUCGGUCGCUCCAACAUUGUGACGUGGGACGAAGCUCACUUCGGUAAAUUUGGUUCUCACUAUUUGAAGCGCGAAUUCUACUUCGAUGUGCAUCCUCCCCUGGGGAAGAUGUUGGUUGGCCUUUCGGGCUACCUUGCCGGCUACAACGGAUCCUUUGAGUUCAAGUCCGGGGAGAAGUAUCCCGAGGAUGUGAACUAUACCUUUAUGCGCGCCUUCAAUGCCUUCUUUGGCGUAGUCUGUGUCCCUCUUGCCUACUACACUGCUCGUGACUUGAAUUUCCGCAGGGCCACGGUCUGGCUGAUCAGCUUGAUGGUCCUGUUUGAGAACUCCUACGCGACCAUUUCUCGCUUUAUCCUGCUGGAUUCCAUGCUUCUGUGCUUCACUUUUACAACGACGCUGUGCUGGGCGCGAUUCCACCGCCUUCAGAAUGCUAGCUUCUCAAUGGAAUGGUAUGCAUGGCUUUGCCUGACUGGACUGAGCAUUGGCUGUGUUUGCAGCGUCAAGUGGGUGGGCUUCUUCUGCACCGCAAUCGUGGGUCUCUACACCAUCGAGGAUCUGUGGAAUAAAUUUGGUGACAUCAAGAUGCCGCAAACUGUGCUUGCUAAACACCUGAUCGCUCGCGUGGGUGGCUUGAUUGUCAUUCCGCUUCUGGUGUAUAUGUUCUCGUUCUACCUUCAUUUCCUUAUUCUUGCGAACAGUGGGCCCGGAGAUGCCCAAAUGAGCUCACUUUUCCAGGCGAACCUGCGUGGCACCGAGGUCGGCAGAGAUAGCCCCCUUGAGAUCGCCCUUGGAUCGCGAGUCACUCUGAAAAAUAUGGGCUACGGAGGCGGUCUCCUUCACUCGCAUGUCCAGACGUACCCAGAGGGAUCGAAUCAGCAGCAAGUCACAUGCUACCACCACAAGGAUGCCAACAAUGACUGGUUCAUCUACCCCAACCGUAACGAGCCUGACUUCGAUAGCGAGGCCGACUUGAAAUUUAUCGGUGACGGAGAUGUGAUUCGCCUCAUUCACGGACAGACUGGCCGCAACCUGCAUUCUCACGCCAUUCCUGCGCCAGUUUCCAAAUCUCAUUAUGAAGUUUCAAGCUACGGCAACAUCACCAUUGGUGAUGAAAAAGAUCACUGGAAGAUCGAGGUUGUAGAUGAUGCCGCGUCCCGGGAUCACUCGAAGAUUCGCACCCUUACUACUGCAUUCCGGCUUCGACACCCAUCGCUCGGCUGCUAUCUGCGGGCUGGAAACGUCAACUUGCCUCAAUGGGGCUUCAAGCAAAUCGAAACAACCUGCGUUAAGGAGAACAAGGCAAAUGAUGUGUACACUCACUGGAAUGUUGAGUCUCACACCAAUGAGCGCCUGCCUCCUGGCGACCCUGGCUCUUACAAGUCACCUUUCUUGAAAGAUUUCAUCCACUUGAACGUUGCUAUGAUGACAUCCAACAACGCUCUGGUUCCUGAUCCGGACAAGCAGGAUGACCUGGCUUCGGCAUUCUGGCAGUGGCCCAUUCUGAAUGUCGGCUUGCGGAUGUGCUCCUGGGAUGACAGCGUGGUAAAAUACUACCUGCUUGGAAACCCUCUCGUCUACUGGGGAAGCUCGGCGAGUAUUGUCGCUUUCGGCAUUGGAUUCCUGUGGUAUCUUCUGCGAUGGCAGAGAGGCUAUCAGGAGCUGAGCAAGGCAGACAUUGAUCAUAUUCACUACUCUGGGCUCUAUCCUCUCAUUGGCUGGGUGUUGCACUACCUGCCAUUCAUCAUCAUGGCCCGAGUGACCUACGUCCACCACUACUACCCGGCCCUCUAUUAUGCCAUCCUCACAUUUGGUUUCAGUGUUGACUGGGUCACCCGGAGCAUCAACGCUCGGGUCCGAGCCGUCAUUUAUGCCGUCCUCUAUACGAUGAUUAUUGGGCUGUUCGUCCACUUCCGAGAUAUUGUAUUUGGAAUGGAGGGCUCCAACCAGCAAUGGUCUCACCUGCGUUGGCUGCCCGGCUGGAAAAUUUCGAACUAA